CCCCCCUGCCCCAUCCUCCUUUGCCCCUUUCAUUCCCCCCCCCCUCUUUCUCCCUCCGCCCCCAUGUUCGACUUUUUCAAGGGCAUCUUCAGCUCCAAGCCCGAGGAGCCCGCCGAGGCGGCCGAGACCACCACCCCCCCGGCCACCAAUGUUUCUACCCCCCCGGCUGCCCAGCAGCAGGCCCAGCAGCCUCCGGCCCAGGAGGUCCAGCACUCCCAGCAGUCCUCGGCCGCCGCGGUCAAUGAGCUGACCCGGACCUCGUCGGAGGCGCCGGCCCAGCGCGGCCCCCGCCGGCGCCAGUUCGGUGCCCCGGCUGCCCCGACCCAGGAAACCACCGAGACCCUGAGCAUGGACAACCGCCAGCUGCUGGAGCACUCGUCCAAGGCCAUCGCCGAGCAGGACGCCAUGCUGGACCAGCUGUACUCCUCGGUCGUCCGCCAGAAGGAGAUCUCCAUGGCCAUCAACACCGAGCUCGACACCCAGAACCGCAUGCUCGACGACCUGUCCCGCGAUGUGGACAGCACCCAGGCCCGGCUCCACGGCGCCCAGCGCACCAUGAACCGCAUCUCCUGAGUGCGGCUCUGCCGGCGCCCUGCCUCUUCCCACCCCCGGGAUUUUUCCUGUCCUCGCCCGUCGCCCCUCGCGCCCGGGCUGGCUGGGGGAGCCGUUUUUAUCGGGCAAGAAUAGAAGAGAAAAAUGAUGCACACACA